UCUGAGACUGACACAGACUUGAGCUCUGCAGGAACAGCGUCCUUGCGGUUGGAAACUGUACUCAUCUGCCAGUUUUUGUUUUUAUUCUGUAAAGGAAGACUGAUCAUGAGUCAUAAGAUCAUCAGCUCCUAUAUUUGUCCCACAAGAGUCUGUCAUCUUGACCAGUGGGAUUAGGAUGAAAAUGUGAAAGUUGGAUUUUGUAAAUUAGUGGUUCUAACAGGCGCUAAUCCAGACCAUUGAUUUAAACGAGCUGAGGGAUGUGAGGGACACACAGCUGGUCAAGUUUGAUAUCAAACCCAAGAAAACGUGACUCCAACUGAGAGGAUGCAUGUAGUCUGGAUAUUUCUCCUAUUCAUUGAGGAGGGAUUUGCUCUGGCACAAAAGACUAAAGAUGGAGGCGCAGGAUCAAAAGUGGUAAACCCCUCUCAGCGGCCGCUGCAAUCUCGUCAGUGUGGAAACUGGGUACGAUACACAGAUGGUGGCAGCUUCAGCUCCCCAAACUACCCAAAUAUGUACCCUCCAAACAAGGAGUGCCUGUAUGUACUGGAAGCCCAGCCCCGCCAGAGGAUAGAGCUCCUGUUUGAUGACACCUUUUACAUAGAGGAGUCUUUUGAAUGUCGUUUCGACCACAUCGAGGUGCGGGACGGGCCGUUCAGCUUCUCGCCACUCAUCAAUCGCUACUGUGGCUCGGCCAGUCCUGGACUUGUCCUCUCCACUGGACGCUUCCUGUGGAUCCGCUUCUACAGUGAUGAAGAGCUGGAGGGGACUGGCUUCCAGGUCCAGUACAGCUUUACUGCAGACCCUGAAUUUCAUCUGCAUGUGGGAGGACUCUUAAACCCCAUCCCAGAUUGUCAGUUUGAGCUGUCUGGGGCUGAUGGCCUGAUCCGUUCCAGUCAGGUGGAAGAGGAUUUUAAAGUGAAGCCAGACCAGGCAGUGGACUGCAUCUGGACUAUACGAGCCCCAGCAAACAACAGGAUUUACCUGCAAUUCCUGGAAUACCAGAUGGAAAACUCAAACGAAUGUAAGAAGAACUUUGUGGCUGUUUAUGAUGGCAGUAAUGCAAUUGAGGACCUAAAGGCCAAGUUUUGUAGUACAGUAGCUAAUGACAUCAUGCUGGACACUGGUGUGGGAGUAGUGAGGAUGUGGGCUGAUGAGACAAGCCGUCUCAGCCGUUUCCGGAUGCUUUUCACUUCUUUUACAGACCCACCCUGCGGAAGCAGUGCAUUCUUUUGCGACAGUAACAUGUGCAUCAAUACUUCUCUGGUGUGCAACGGCAUGCAAAACUGUGUCUUUCCCUGGGAUGAAAGCAACUGUAAAGAGAAAAAGACAAAAAGUGUUUUUCACAACAUCACAAAGACUCAUGGAACAGUAAUCUGUGUGUCUACGGGUGUGGUGCUACUGCUCCUCAUCAUCUCCAUCCUGGUGCAAGUCAAACAGCCACGAAAAAAGGUGUUGGUACGUAAGAAUAACCUGUUCCAGCGGGCUGACUUCCAGGAAGUGUUUGACCCUCCGCAUUAUGAACUCUUUACUCUCAGAGACAAGGAAAUGUCUGGGGACCUUGGGGAGUUAUCAGAGGAACUCCAGUCCCUGCAGGCCCUCAGGAGAUCCUCGUCUGGCUCGCGCUGCAUUCACGAACACCAUUGUGGCUCCCAGGCUUCUGUUAACUCUAACAAAGCAAUUCAAGGUGCACAUGGCAUAGGCAGGGGAUUCAUGGAGCUCCCUCCUUUCAGAGGGGACAUCCAGAGCACCUUGCCUCCCUUCAGGGACUUGAACAGCAGUCUGCGGAAGAAGAGCUGGCCUAGUAUGAAACCAGGCCGCAUACAGGGCCAUCAUGGUAUGGGGGAUAGAGCACUGUGGCGGCAGGAUAGAGUGAUGGAAGAGGACGAAGAGGAGGACGAAGAUGGAAGAUAUGAUGUGUAUGUACGCAGAGCAGGAAGCCGAAGAGGGAAUUAUGAAAUGGACAAACAAAGAUCCUUGUCCAUGGACUUCUGAAAAGAAAAAGACAAGAUUAUCAUGGAAACUACUGCAGCAGCAACUUUUCAAUCAGUGCCACAGUUUGGCAACAGAAGUCUACGUAUUGACAAAAGAGAGGAGACUGAGUUUCAUUUAACACCACAGAACAGAUGUGUCUUACUUACCGUGAUCCUUGACUUCUUGGUGAGGUUGGGAAGCACAUGGUCUGCUACAGAGCAGGGCUCCAGGAGUUUUUAGAAAUUCAGGAUACUCAAGAAAUGCCGACUCUGUUCGGACACUGAAGCAGCCGACGGGGGGCUGUUAUCCUAUUUGUGAUCAGCGUAGAAGUGAAGACGGAUAAUAAAGCUGUGUAUUGUUCUGAUUAUCAGUGUAUUUUUGUAAAUACAUUUUACUGUAAAGCAAAUAGAUUUUGUUGAAAUUUG